AUGGUCGCUGUUGAUAGUGCAACCCUUGGUUUCCCUCGUAUGGGACCCAACCGUGAGCUUAAAUUUGCUCUUGAACGAUUCUGGCGUCACAAGAUCAGUGAGGAAGAGCUCUAUCAAGUCGCACAUGCCGUGGAAGAAGCCAAUUGGCACAAGCAAGUAGACGCUGGUGUAAACCGUGUGGGUGUCGGUCUCUUCUCACUCUAUGACCAUGUUCUGGACUGGACGUACUACUUGGGUCUAGCUCCUGAGCGGUUUGCCACGGUUCCUACUGGUCUAUCGCAAUAUUUUGCCAUGGCUCGUGGUGUCGACGGUAUUCCUGCCCUUGACAUGACCAAGUGGUUUGACUCGAACUAUCACUAUGAAGUCCCGGAGCUGAAUGCCAAGUCUACGCCUACGGCCAAUUUCACCUCAUACUUGAGCACUGUCAAGCGUGCUCAUUCUACUAUUGGCAUUGAUAAGGUCGUGCCUAUUAUUCUUGGACCUCUUACUUACUUGUCUCUAAGCAAGUAUGACGGUACUACUCUUGAAGACCUUUUAGUUAAAGUACUGCCUCUUUACACGUCACUUUUAAACGAGCUUGCUGCUCUUGGUGUCACGGAAGUUCAAGUACACGAACCUUCACUGGUCGGUGCCAGUGCUGACAAACUUGCCAAGCACCUGACGACCGUGUACGGUUCUAAGGACCAGAAGGGUGCAAUUCAGCACGAAACGAUUGCUCUUAAUUUGGCCACGUACUUUGAAGAGAUCAACCAUGAGGUGUACAAGUGGUUUGCCACGUCGCCUGUGUCUGCCAUCUCUCUUGACUUUACACGUGGUGACAAUCUAUCGGUCCUGCAGAAAUUCGGCUUUCCGGCUGGAAAGCGUCUAGGUGCCGGUCUUAUUGAUGGCCGCAGUGUGUGGAAGUUUAACCCCGACACGAUUGUGUCUCAGGUGACUGAAAUUAAGAAGGUGCUUGCUGCUACGGACAACACUUCGCUGACUAUCCAGACAAGUUCUUCGCUACAGCACGUACCGUACACUGCGGAAUGUGAGAAUGCACUCAAUGAUGGAGAGACAGACGGUUUGCUAGGUGUGCUGAGCUUUGCUUACGAAAAGCUGGGUGAACUUGAGGUUGUCAAGAAAAUUGCUGAGAUUGGUGAAGACUCUGCUAAGGCUGAGGUUGAUGCUGCUAAGAAGGCGUGGUCGGUGUACUACGAGAAGAACCCUGCCAAGACUGCUGUGCAGUCGCGUCUUGCUGCUGUGACGGAGGCAGACUUCAAGCGUCCUUCCCCGUUUGCUGAGCGUCGUCCCUCACAGCUUAAAGGACUGCCUGUGCUUCCUACUACCACCAUUGGUUCGUUCCCUCAGACCCCUCAGAUCCGUGCUCUGCGUCGCAAGCUUAAGGCCGGUGAAAUUUCGCUGGACCACUACCGUGGUAAGAUCGACGAACAGAUUGCGUACAACAUUGGUAUCCAGGAAGCUCUUGGCCUGGACAUCCUGGUUCACGGUGAACCGGAACGUACCGACAUGGUCGAGUACUUUGCUGAGAAGUUGAAUGGUUUUGCUUUCACGCAGAACGGCUGGGUGCAGAGCUACGGCUCGCGUUGUGUUCGUCCUCCAAUCAUCUUUGCUGACCUGGAGCGCCCUGUCGACAUGACGGUGCGUGAGUUCGUCGUUGCGCAGUCAUUCACUACCAAGCCGGUCAAGGGUAUGCUUACGGGUCCUGUGACUAUCCUGAACUGGUCGUUCCCCCGCAAAGACAUUAGCCGCAAAGACCAGGCUUUCCAGCUUGCCCUGUGCCUGCGCGACGAAGUUGCUGACCUUGAAGCUGCCAAGUGCGUGGUCAUCCAGGUGGACGAGCCUGCUCUUCGUGAGGGUAUGCCGCUGAAGCCUGCUAAGAAGGACGAGUACUUGAACUGGGCUGUGGACGCCUUCCGUUUGUCGACUGCUGUUGCCAAGAACGAGACUUCCAUUCACACGCACAUGUGCUACUGCGAGUUUGCAGACUGUAUGCACGCCAUUGACGCUAUCGACGCUGACGUGAACUCGAUCGAGAAUGCUCGUUCGGAUGACGAGACUAUCCGUGAAUUCAAGUCUAUUGGCUACAAGCGUGAUCUUGGUCCUGGCACGUAUGACAUCCACUCGCCUGUGGUGCCGCCUAAGGAAGAGAUAGUCAAGAAGCUCAAGAGUUUCUUGAACCUCUUGUCUGCCGAGAAUGUCGUGGUGAACCCGGACUGUGGUCUGAAGACGCGCAAGUGGCCUGAGACCAUUGCUGCUUUACGCAACAUGGUAGAUGCUACCCUCGAGGUCCGUGCUACCUUGUAA